GCGGCAGCAAAACGAGUUGAAGGGAGGGAACAUGAAUGCAGGAGGCCCACCACCACCCCCACCCCCACCACCCAUCCCGGGAAUCAUACCUUCGUCUCGACUCCCUUCUGAGAUUCCAGCACGGGUGCCAGUCAUGAAUCCCCCAGCGGCUUUGGCAGGUGCUAUGCUAAAAGAUAAAAAGCCCUUCACCUACACUCCUGGAGGCCUGGACCUCUCCGAGAUAAAGUCACCAAGGAUGCAGAGGCGCCUCUACAGGAAUGCUCAUUCAGAAGGCGUGCGGCCAUCUCCUCUAGCCCAGCAGCCUCCACCAGGCCCAGUCAACCCAACAGUAGCAGCACAAUCAACUCCACAUGGUCGAGCAGUGCAGGUACUACCUAUGCCAGGCAUGGCCAUGGGACCGCAGCCGCAACCGCAACUGCAACACAAGGAACCACCUAAACCAAAGAGAAAUGUUUGUGGACCUCCACCCCCACCACCCCCUUUUGUUGUAACAUCAGAGAAUUCUUUCAACUUGGCAUCUACAUCCACAUCACCCCCAAUACUUAGCUCCUUGCCCACAUCUGUCCCUGUUGCAGAGCCACAGCUGGCCAGGGAACCUGGCCCCUCUAUACCAGUAGCUCCACCACUGCCAACACAUGGUCCUGCAGCAAGAUGUUCUCUCAUCUCGGCUUCUCCACCUUCUUCUCCUUUAAUGAAUGCUGUGCCAAGUGAUCCUUCCCCACCCCCUCUCCCUCCACCCCAAGCUGUUCGAAUUCCUGUCACACCACCUAUAGUGCCUGUCACACCACCUGUAGUGCCUGUCACACUGCCCAUGGUGCCUGUUACACUACCUGCUGCAUCUGUCAUGCAGCCCAGCUCACCUGUCAUGCAGCCCGGCUCACCUGUCAUGCAGCCCAGCACACCUGUCAUGCAGCCCAGCACACCCGUCGUGCAGCCCAGCACUCCUGUCGUGCAGCCCGGUACACCCAUCAUGCAGCCCGGCACACCCAUCAUGCAGCCCGGCACACCCAUCAUGCAGCCCAGCACACCCGUCAUGCAGCCCGGCACACCCAUCAUGCAGCCCGGAACACCUGUCAUACAGCCCGGCACACCCAUCAUGCAGCCCGGCACACCCAUCAUGCAGCCCGGAACACCCGUCAUGCAGCCCAGCACACCCAUCAUGCAGCCUAGCACACCCGCCAUGCAGCCCAGCACACCCAUCGUGCAGCCCGGAACACCCAUCAUACAGCCCAGCACACCCAUCAUGCAGCCCGGCACACCUGUCAUUCCUGUGUUGCCGUUCAAUGCAAGAGAGACUUUAUGUUUCACUUUAGAGCCAACUGAGCAGCCAUUAAUAGAGUGCUCAUUUACACUGACAUCUCCACUUAAAGAACAGGCACUGUCAUCGGAUAUAGUCAUAUCUUCAUCAAUGAAAAAUGACCUUUCACCUUCUGAAGAGGAAGCUUUUGCCUCACCUGAAGAAUUAAAGUCACCACAAAUAACAGACAUAAAUAUUCAGCAAAAUGAGAGCAUGUUAACUAAGGCAAAACCAUCCAUUUUUGAGCAAGAGUCAAUACAGACAAUUCCUUUUGAAGAACCAUCACCUAAUAAGCAAUCUCCUGACAAGGAGCCAUUACCUGUUCGACAUCCUUUCAAGGAAUUAUCACCCAUUCGACAGAUGCCUAUCGCAGAACCUUCACCUAUUACACAGGUGCCUAUAAAGGAAACAUCGCCAAUUAAAGAAGUACCUGUAAUAUCUAAUGAUUCUUCACCUAUUAAGCAGGAUUUCAUGAAGGACCCUUCAGCUAUGAAGCAGCUAAUUACUAAGGAACCCUCACUUGUUAAACACCCACAUACCAAGGAAAUAUCACCAAAUAGGCAGAUACCUAUCCGGGAACUUUCACCCAUGAAACAGUUGUACAACAAGGAGCAGUCACCUGUUAAACAAGCAGCUGUCAAGGAGCCUUCACCUGUGAAACAGGCGCCUAUCAAGGAGCCAUCACCUGUGAAACAGGCACCUAUCAAGGAGCCAUCGCCUGUGAAACAGGAACCCAUCAAGAAGCCUUCACUUAUGAAACAGGCACCUAUCAAGGAGCUAUCAUCUUUGAAACAGGCACCCAAGGAGCCUUCACCUAUUAAACAGGAACCCAGUACAGAACCUUUGCCAGUGCAACAAGUUCCUCUACAUGAACAUUCACCAGCUGGACAAGGGCUUGCUAGACAGCCUUUUCCAGUAAAACAUGUUUCUGUUAAUCAGCCUGCACCUACAAGACAGACCCUUGUUCCUGAGGUAUCACCAGCAGAGCAGCUUCCAGAUGCUCAGUCUUCUAUUAAAUAUUCCCCGCCACCUGUGAAUAUAAUGCCACUUAAAGAACCGACUCCUGUGAGACAAUUAUUGAUAAAGGAAACGUCUCCAAUUAGACAGACCUCCUUACAACAGCCUCAGCCUGUUGCACAGUCUCUUCCUGCAGUAGAACUGCACCCUCAAUCUAUGAUGGAUCCAAUGCCUCCUGGACCAUCUUCAGUGAAUCAAAAGCCAAACCAAGUAAGUAAUAUGAUAUCAGGAGCUACUCAAAAAUUUACAUUCAGCGAGCAAAGACCUGCAAGACAAGCAUCUAUGCAGCAUCCUGGCCCUGCGAGACAGACUUCUCUGCCAGAACCUCGACAAUUUACAGAGGUACCAAUACAGCGGCUAUCGAAGCAACAACCCACACUUCUGAGACAGACUUCUCUACAAGACUCGGUGCUUUCAAGACAGAAUUCUGUGAAAGCAAACAAUAAACUUACAACACGGCAUAUACCAGUUCAUAUGGAAUUGCCCCCAUACAAUUCUGGGGCUAGUGCAUCACCACCUAUUGUUAAAGGAGCUUCAAUAGUACGCCAGGCAUCCUUGCCUAAUAAACCAUCUUCACCACAAGUGUCCCCUCCCAAUGCUCAACUAGGAUCAAUUUAUGUCCCACCCGUAAGUAGUGACACAGAAAGUACUUCUUCACCACUGUCACCUUUAGGUGAAAGGAGCCCAAGAAUGAGCCCUACCACAGGCCUCAAUAAAGGACCUUUGCCUUGGAUGUGUGCUCAAAAGCGCACUCCAUCACCACCCCCAUCGUUUGUUACACAUGCUCAACAGACACAGCAAAGACUUCAACAGCAUCAACAAAAUCGCUGUUUGAGGCAGAGGUCAUUGGGGCCUGAAUCCCCUCCUUCACAACCCCAAGUUGAAGCUACAGUCCUUCCACAACCAGAAGUUUAUCAACAUUCAGGUUUCCAAAGACAGAAAUCAUUACCUCCUCAGCAACAACAACAAUCUCAGAUAUAUCCACAGCUUAUAAGAACCCAACAGCCCCGACCUCAGUACCAGCAGCCACAACAAUCUCGUAUAAUUCCCAUUCAAGUACAGCAACCACAACAAACUCGCACAAUUCCCAUCCAUGUACAGCAGACACAACAACAACAAAAGCAUCGCCCCAGAGAGCGCAUCAUUCCUAUUAUGAUUGAACGGGAAUCCCCUCCAAAAAACACAGCUCAAACUUCGACCCCCUUCAUCCCACCAGCAGCAGCUGAUUCUUUCAUUCCCAUCAGCACAGACAUCACUGGCAGCACUAAUGCAAAAGCCAGCUUCCAGCAGCCACACACUAGCUUCCAGCAGCCACAGGCUAGCUUCCACCAGCCAAAAGCUAGCUUCCAGCAGUCACAGCCUAGCUUUCAGCAGCAACAGCCAAACCUUCAACAAUCACAACAGUAUCAACAGCCACAACAGUGGCAACAAUAUCAACAAGCACCACAACAAGUAUGGAGCUCUCCUGGAACAACAUUCUCUCCACCACAGUUUUCUUCGGCCCCUUUGACUGAGAGUCAGAGUGGUGCAUUCCAUACUUACAACAACCACCAUCCUUCUGGGUUGCACUCAAACAACAAUGCCCUUGAUGCUCUCCAUCAGAUGCAACAGAGCCUUGCUCAGCUCAACUCAGGCCUACAGAACGCGUUCCCAAGACUCAUUCAGAAAAAAAUGUCGGACUCUAUAACACCCCGGACAACCCCUAGCAAUCAGCCAAGACCACAACAAAAUGGUAAUGUGGCAACAAUGGACCAGCCUGCUAAUGGGGCAGACCUUGGGCCUCCUAUCCAGUCUCGCUCAUUUAGGCUUCUGCAGAACGUCCUAGAUCACCAAGAUACUGCAGAUACUCCAUGUAAUGGCAUGCCAAUGAAAGUAGAGGUGCCCCUUGGUGCACCAACUCGUCCUUUGCAGCAAAGUCUUAGCCUUCCAGUAUAUGUGACUCAAACAAAUGGUGGGCAGAAAGGUUCUCUUUCUCAGCCAGGUAAUAUGCCAAGAGGCUCCAUUUCUCAAACAAGUGGACAAAACAAUUCUAUGACCAGUAUUGGUAAUUCCAAGAACCUGCAAAGAGAAGUUUCAGAUGAAUGGGAUGGAAGAUUUAGGGUGAUCCCCAUCCAGCAAAGUGAGGAAGAAAUUAAUGUCAUUCCUAAACAUAUUGGAGGAUAUAAGGCAAACAUUUCUGACACAAGAGGGUUAUCAAAUAUUUUUAAAAAUCAAGGUUCAGAUGAUGAAAUCUCCAAUUAUAUGCAACAGUGUGUUCCACAGUCUCAUGCCCCUGUACAUCAAGGAGUGCAGCCCAGACAACAUUAUAACCAAAUUCAAAAUCAGCAGCCGAUUUAUCAAAGGCCUGAGAUCCAAGGGCAACCUCAGCAGUACCAACAGACUGCAUCUAAUAAUAAACAGCUAGCUCAAUCAAAGCAAAAAGAAGUGCCUACUUCAUCAAGAUUUUUCCGAAUGCUCCAGACGAUCACUGAUACUUUGCCUGAAGGAGCUGAACCCCAGGGACCUGUCCAUAUACCUAACUUUCGACAGCAGCAGAAACCACCACAAAUGCAACAGCAAGGCCAAUAUCAACAGCUGGGGCAGUAUCAGCAGCCAGGCCAGUACCAACAGUCAAACCAGAAUCAACAGCCAGUAGGUGGUGUGAGAAGUGCAACAGCUGCAGAUCAGGCUGUACCUGAACCCAAGAAGUAUAUGGGGGGCAGCAUUCCCUCACGCUCCUUCAAAAUGUUGCAAGCCAUGACCAAUACUGAUGAUGGUAGGGAAACACUUUCUGCCUUCUCUUUCUCACAAUCUCAAGAACUUUUUGCCGUGUCCAUGAUUUCUAAGAAAAGCAUUUGAAAACAAUUCACAAGA